AUGACCGAAGAGGUGCUACCACCUAGAAUGUUCGCCGCCGGCGAAGAACCACUCGGUGAGCGAGUCAACUCGUACCACCGAAUGAAGAGGACCGAGAACCUUCUCCAAGCCCUAGAACCCGAUGAGUUAGAGUUUCUUCGAAAUUCUACCUUCGCGAAGAUUUUGGAUAUCUAUGAGAACCCUCCAUUCUCAGGUGCGUUUGGACAAUACAUCGUCGUGAGGAUCCUCAAAGUUAACAAACUAUAUGAGGUGUGGUUUUUGUUUGCGGGCCGGCCGGUUAGGAUGUCACUUCGUGAGUUUGCAAUUGUCACCGGAUUGAAUUGCGAUCAGUUACCGGAACCCAAGCCUCAGAAGAACAGAAACCCAUUGAAGGAGAAGCUUUACUGGCAUGAGCUUCUAGGGUCCCUGAAGUUCUGUACGGUGGACACGGCCAUCGGCAUGUUGAAGAACAAGCAUGUUAGAGGCAAAGAGGCGAGGAUUAAGUUUGCUUGUCUUGCAAUUACAUCUUCGAUCCUUUUUCUUUCUUCUCACAUACCUCGAAUCAUGCCGGAGCAUGUUGAAAUGAUUAGAAACUUAGACGAGUUUCUUGCCUACCCUUGGGGCAGAGCUUCUUUCCAAUUGCUCGCUACCUCUCUUAUUUCUAAGGAUGAAGAGCAACUUUCUCAUAUGUCUGUCGCGAUUCGCGGGUAUGUUGAUGCAAUUCAGCUUGUGCUUUUGGCGGCCGUCCCUGUUUUGAAAGAAGAAAUCAGUAAGUCAGACCCAAUUGUCAUUGUUGAUUCCAAUAGUGAUCUUGAGACCGGUGAAGAAGAAGCACCGCCAGAAGAUGAAAACUUGAUGCCGCAGGAAACAACAUCAAAGGCGCCAAAGUACUGUCUGAUUCCCGGUCAUGCUAAGAGUGCAGACGUCGAGUGCGAGGUACCUGUGAAGUGCAUUCUAGAUGACCCGCACGAAGGAUGGUCAACUGGAAAAGAUUUCACGUGGGUUGACGAGUUGGUGGAUUUGGCGGUAGAUAAUAUGGUCCGUCUGAUUAACUCAGGAUUUGUUUUCCGAAAGGAGAUGUUCAAAGGUGGUGUCAACCAAAAUGAUCUCGGUGGUCUUAAGUCGGGAAAGAAACAAAAGGAGAAAGAACCAAAGGAAAAAAAGCAGAAGGAGCACGGUGGGGAGGCAACUGUAGGGCAGAGUUCUGACACUGGCACUCAAACUUUUAUACGUCAAGAAAUCAUCGCUUUGGAGAAGCGUAUCUACCAAGCGAUAGAAGACAAGUUUGAGAAGCUUGGCGCAUCUACUAUCCUAUCCCAGCAGCUCGCGUUCGAGGACAUUGAUAGGAAAAUCGGCGACGCCCUUGUACGCCAACUGAAGACUAUAGAAGCGUCACUUACCCAGUUUAUAUCUGAAGUAAUUGGCCAGCGCAGCUCAAGCGGCGAAGUUCCGGUUGACGACAUCCCUCCUCAGCAGUCUCAGCAACCUCUGUCUCCUAAUGAUGUUCGCCCCCACCCUCCUAAUCUUGGGAUUCCAAAUUUGCCAAUACACAGCACUCCAUCUGAAGCUGCGGAGUUCCGCAUCAACUUCGUCCUUCGUGAUCUCGAUAUAGAAGCUGAUGUUGACAACAUUGCUGGGACAACACAUGUUGAGGCUACGAUCCAAACCAACGAACCCCUAAGUCCAGUAUUAGAUGUUAACGCCCAAUCUCAUCCGCUAAGUUCCGACGUAGCGCCCAACGUUGGUGGGGUACAGGUCCCCUCCGAACUCAUUUCGCCAGAGCAACCAGCGGUUGCUGACGCACAACUCACUCGACAGCAAAACGUGCAACAAGGUCAGGACAGAGAGGAGGGAGACCAGGGGAAAAAUAACCCAAUGGGCAGCAGCAGUACGGCUGUUGGGGAGGCGGUUGUAGACGCACAAAUCCUUGAUCAGCAAAGCGAGGACCAAGGAAAGGACGCAGAAGAAGAAGAAGAAGAACAGGUGAAAAAUAACCGAAUGGGAGUGAGCAGUACGGAUGCUGAGGAGGCGGUUUCUCAUGAAGUUGCCAUGGAGGAGAUGAACGAACAUUUAAAUCCAAUCGAAAUGCCGUCUUUCUCAAUCGGACUCUCGCAGGAAGAAGCGUCUGUUGCCAUUGAGAACCCCAAUACGAUAACCUUUGUUGAAGCAACUAAGGAACAAGACGGAGAAGUCAUGGAGCAGCGUAAGAGCAAAAGGCCUAGGCUAGUCCCUGCUGGUCUCCAAGACUACAAGUGUGAUCUGAAAGUAACCGCCGGUUAUUACAUUAUCCCCGAUCUUGAGGAACGUUUUAAGCUAAUGGAGCAGACGGUGGCAAAGCAUCCGUACGCAAAUCUCCCUAACGGCUACUGCAUUACUUCAUCCGAGUUCCGUGAUAUUGGACACCGCAAGAGUCUAUUACCUACGGGGGUUGUGGAUGCCCUGGUCGGCUUUGUUUCCCGAGGUCAAGCCUAUGGUAAUAAUGUUGCUAUAUACGACACCACCCUCCCCUCAUCUUUAAUGAAUCAACACUCUCGAUUCGUGAAGACAGCAGUGAAAGAUCGUCCGAGGCUGAAGUUUUCAGACGUGCCCUUGGGGAAACCCUUCGAGAAGUCGAUCGAGAGGAUCUAUUUCCCUUUCAACAUCGACAGACAACACUGGGUUGGAGUUUGCAUCGAUGCUAAAGCAUGCAUGAUCUAUGUGCUGGACUGCAACACAUCCCUUAGAAGCGACAACAUGGUGAAGAAAGAGCUUAACCCAAUUGCUAACCUCAUCCCAUAUGUUCUUAAGUACAACGGCUAUCCCGAAAACAACGCGGGGUUGAAGGCUUUUGCAGUGACCAGGUGCAAGGGUAUACCUCAGACAUCCAGUAAGACAGAUGCAGCAGUCAUGACUGUUCUUCUGAUCGAAGCUCAUGCUGCGGAUGGUCUGGAUGGUUGCAAGGCUAUCACUCCUCGUCUGCUUCCCGAUGCAUCCAAGCAAUUGGCCGUCAAAUACUUCGAGUCCCUCUCUCGUUAA